CAUCAACGAUCAAGAUCAUCUCCUCGACCACCCGCUGAUCCAUUACAUAUCCGCCAAAAUGGUUUCGGAGGCUUGCCCUGUCUAUGCCGUAAGUUCGCGACGACGCCUCUCCUUCGCCUCUUUCCGCAGUCAGCAGUGCGACGACACACAACACCUUUAUACCCCGAUGCAUCGCCAGCGACGACACUCUACGAAUCUCGCAAGAUGCUGACCUCCUCUAGCCCUUCUUCGGCGCGAUGGGCUGCACAUCAGCCAUCGUCUUCGCCUGCUUUGGUGCCGCCUACGGUACCGCCAAGGCUGGUGUCGGUGUCAGCGCCAUGGGUGUCCUCCGCCCUGACUUGAUCGUCAAGAAUAUUAUUCCCGUCGUCAUGGCUGGUAUCAUCGGUAUCUACGGUCUCGUCGUCUCUGUCCUGAUCUCCAACGGUCUGAAGCAGGAGGCCUCCCUCUUCACCAGCUUCAUCCAGCUCGGUGCCGGUCUCUCCGUCGGUCUGUCGGGUAUGGCCGCUGGAUUCGCCAUUGGUAUCGUCGGUGACGCUGGUGUACGAGGAACUGCCCAGCAGCCUAGGUUGUUCGUCGGAAUGAUUUUGAUUCUCAUUUUCGCCGAAGUCUUGGGUCUUUACGGUCUUAUUGUUGCCCUUCUCAUGAACUCCAAGGGUGCUGAGGGUAGCUGCUAAACGUCUCACCACGAACCACGAUAGCAGCCAACGACAACUCACCUGCAUCAUACGAACAUUGGCACCACUUGGCUCGAAUGAAUACCACACAUCAUAUCUUGCAUGGCGCUCGUGAAAAGCACGCGCGGCAUGCUGUACGCCUACUUUUUGUGUAUUUUCUUAGCGGUGUCAGCCACACCCGGGAAAUUGAACGACGAGAACGGGGAAGAGUAGAUAAUGGAGUCGAGGGACGGCAAAUGCGAUCCAUUUGACGGCGUGUAUUCUAAGGUCUUUUUCAAUCUGUUGCGCUUAGAAAUGAAUGCACUGCUUUCUUGAGGCUGUCCAU